UUAUUUUGGAAUAAUCAACAUCCGGUUCACAGCAUGUCUAUGGCGGUGUGAUGCAGCGAAAUAAUUCACUGACUUUUAAAGAUGUAACCUAGUUUGUCCGUUUGCAUAGUGGUGAACCUCUCUUCAUCAUGAUGUCAUCAUAUCCUUCAAAACCAGCUCUACAUUUUGGCCAGGUUGUGAUUGGUCCACCUGGUUCAGGUAAAACCACUUAUUGCCGGGGCAUGCAGGAGUUCCUGAGCCACCUUGGACGGAAGGUGGUUGUUGUAAACUUGGAUCCUGCCAAUGAAACGUUGCCUUAUCCUUGUGCCGUGGACAUAUCCGAGCUCAUCACUCUGGAUGAUGUGAUGGACAGUCUAAAACUUGGCCCCAAUGGUGGCCUCAUCUACUCAAUGGAAUAUUUAGAGGCAAAUUUGGACUGGUUAGAGAACAAGCUGAAGCACCACCAUGACUGCUACUUCCUUUUUGACUGCCCAGGUCAGGUGGAACUCUACACACAUCAUAAUUCGGUGAAGAAUAUAUUUGCAAAGCUGUCGAAGUGGAAUUUUAGGCUGACUUCAGUGCAUCUGGUGGAUUCCCAUUACUGUGCUGAUCCGGCCAAGUUCAUCUCUGUGCUGUGUACGUCCCUGUCCACCAUGCUGCAGGUUGAAUUGCCACAUGUCAAUGUGCUCUCAAAAAUGGACCUCAUUGAGCAAUAUGGCAGACUUGCAUUCAAUCUGGACUUUUACACUGAGGUUCUUGACCUGUCGUAUUUGGUGGAGCACCUCGCUUUGGACCCUUUCUUCAAGAAGUUUCACCACCUGAAUGUGAAGUUAGCUGAAGUGAUCCAGGACUACAGCUUGGUGUCUUUUGUACCUCUUAACGUCCAGGACAAGGAAAGCAUGAUGCAAGUUUUGAGAACUGUGGACAAAGCCAAUGGCUACUGCUUUGGAGACCUGGAGGAGAGGAACAUGCAGGCCAUGAUGUCUGCUGCUGUUGGAGCAGACUUCCAGUUCAGCACAACUCUUGGUGUACAGGAGAAAUAUGUGGAGGCCGCUGGGAAAACUGUGGAGGAUGAAGUCAUAGAUUUGUAACCCUUUUUUUUAUAUUGAUUAAAAAAAAGAAAAGAAAAAAUAGCAGAGCUGUCUUAUUUCACAAAUUAAAACACUGUAGAC